AUGGAUUCCCUCACCAAUGCCUUUGCCUCCUCGGACCCAAAAACCGCCAUUAUGAACCAAAUUCGUCAAGAAGCUGCCAUGAACAAUGCUAGACAAUUAAUCGAAAAAGUGAACGAACACUGCUUCGAGAAAUGCGUCCCUAAACCCGGUAGCUCACUCAGCAGCGGCGAGACAACUUGUUUCACACAGUGUAUGGAGAAAUACAUGUCAGCGUGGAGUACUGUUUCUAAACAAUAUAUUGCGAGGUUGCAGAAAGAGUCGACGAGCGGGGGUGCUGCUGGGGGGAUGUUCUAG